AUGCUUUUGCGACUUGUGGGGACAAUCCGCAACCAGAAUGAACCGGCCUUUGUCGAUGUCAUCAAUCUCAUUCGAAGCAAUGCGCCAAUGGACGAGAUCAACGCUUGUCUGACAGCUAGCCAGGUCCUCGACCAUGCGUCUGUUGAAGAUGAUGGCCCUGCCAAGAUUCCGAAACGGUCUCCUUCCAUGUAUAUGGAUGUGAAAAGAAUCACUGAUAUUCCUGUCUUCCAAGUCCCAGCUAAGCCGUGGACGUCUGUGACAGCAGAUGAUGCUUUUGUGUCACAUCUCAUCUCUCUAUAUUUCACCUGGCAACAGCCUACGUUCAUGUGGGUUGAUCGAGAUCCUUUCUUGAGUGAUAUGAAGGCUGGCAAGCUUGGUUCGAGAUUCUGUUCGCCACUUCUGGUAAACAUCUUGCUCGCUGUGGCCUGUUUCUAUUCCGACUAUCCUGAGUCCUUUGCAAACCCGAGUGACCCCACGACUCGGGGUGAACACUUCUUUAACGAGGCAGUGGACCUGCUCAAGAAAGAAGAGGGGAGGGUACCAUUCACCACUUUCCAAGCAAUGGGGGAUAUGUACACAUGUGCGUGUGUUCUGGGCAAAGACAGAUUGGGAUGGCAAUACUUGGUCGAAACAGCCGAUUGCAUGCAACAAAUCAUGAGCAAACAGAAGAAAAUAAUAGCGGCCGCUAAAGAACAGGGCGAGCAAAUGGCAAGGUCUAUUGAUGUUGCAUUUUCCGGACUGUCUAGCUUCAUUCCCACCAUAAGCUUCCAGAAACCACCGCUCAUCAAGAGACCAACGUCACUCAACCGUUUACCAGAGAACCAUGACCCCAAUGAUACCUGGACUCCCUAUCCCCACCACGCUGGACCGAAACCAGCCCAUACCAACUGCCUGCUAAAUGGUCACUCAGAUCUCGCACCUGUGGUAUGGGAUAUAACAGACUACCUCUUCGGGGAUCAUGAACCCUCAACCGUUAGUGUCGCGGAUAUCGAUGUUUUCCAUCAACGCCUUGAUACAGUCAUGGAGAAUCUUCCCGAGUGUAUUCGCCCAGGGAAAACGUCAACUAUUGGUGCAAUGGACUUGCAUAUGAGGUACCACAAUACUGUCAUGGUGAUGUCCGGGAUUGUCAGCACGUCCAUCGGGGAGAACGACACAGAAACAAAAACCCGCAUCAACAACCAGCGAAUGUCCUCAGCGCGCCAAGUCGGCACCUUGCUAAGCCAAUAUCGGUCUACGUGGCCGACGGAGUGCAUGCCCAUGGGAAUGAUGCAAUACUCGACCCUUGCUCUAUUCACGCUACUUGAGGGUCUGGACGAGAAGCAAAAUCAAGUAUCCUUCGUGGAGAACCUGAUCGCCCUCCGUGCACUGGCUCGGCGCUGGCAGAUGGCCAAAGGCAUGCUCCGGCUUGUGCAGCUCACAGCAAUCAAGCAAGAAGUCCAACUUCCUCCUGAGUCUGAUAUUCUUCUGAAGGACUUUGAGACUGACUGGAGCACCAAUGACCGGAAGAGCUUCAGCAGCCAUUACCCAAACUUCUCGGUAGCCAUCCAACAACAAAACGAUGACUCAAUAGACGAUGUUGAAUUGGAUUUGUUGCUUGAGGAGUGGGACAAUCUCGCUGUGUCCGCGGAGACAUCAGAGAACGAUACCAGCGGUCAGUCUAGGGGCGGAAGCAGUGAAACCAAGACAUCUACAUCAAAUUGA